AUGGUAUUUUGAAGACUAUUAUGCCUACGCAAUCUGUGUAAUUGUGAUUACACUUGCUUCGUUAUUUUCCUCAGUCUAUCAGUCCUGAAAAAGUAUGCACGAUCUCCACGAUCUUGCUUUGAGACACGUAGAAGUCAAAGUAAAGCGCUCUGGACAAUGGACCAUUAUAAACAGCAAAGAGCUUGUCCCUGGUGAUUUAAUAGAAAUCCCAAGAGGCACUGAAAUGCCUUGUGAUGCUAUUUUAAUCUCAGGUGGAGCUGUUGUUGAAGAAUCGUCUUUGACAGGUGAAUCAGUCCCUGUAAUAAAAGACUCUUUGCCUUAUUUAAAUGAUAA